UCCUUGAUUCAAAAGUGGAGUCGUCAGGUUUUCAUUUCCUGAGUCAUGAGCUGGGACCGACAGGUGAGCUCCCUCCUCUCUGUGACUGAUGGCAGCGUGGCGAAGAUGAGGGAGAGACUGGGAUCAGGAGGGGAAGAUUUGUUUCCUUCAAAGGAGACGAUUAUUGAUUCUGAUCCGGACCCCCCCAUUCCUCCUUCUCGCUGCCAGCUCCAAAGAGAGCGCCCCCUAUCUGACAGCAUUCAGUGGUCAGACCUGGCUGCUCUACAGUCCCAACUACGGAUACAGAGACAGGAGAUUCAGUCUCUGACGCAGAGAGUCAUCACCAUGGAAACGGAGAGAUACAGUCAACGCAGCCUUAUUCAGAAACUACAGGAGGAGGUGCAGAGGCUGGGGAACAGGAGGGGGGAGGAGUGGAGGACGGAGGUGGUAUGUGAGCUCAGCAGUCUGCGGGGACAACUCACAGGAGCCACAUUUCUGGGCAACCUGGAGGACAGUUUGAGCUCAAAGCUCCAACACCAGAGGAGAGACAUAGACCUGGUGAAAACACAGCUGAGGGUGCAGGAGGAGGAGCUUCUCCACCUGCAGAAGGAGACCAGAGAGAGCAGGAGGCAGGGACAACACACCUGCAGGACUGUGGAGCAGAUGACUGAAAGCUUCAGGUCUCACAGCUGUGAUAUGACAAAGACUCUUUCUGACACACAACGAGAGGUCCAACAGAUCAGGUCAACUGUGUCACAGCUGAAGGAGGAGAUCAGGACUCUCAGAGAACCUCUGCUGUCAGCACACACACCAGGGGCGUCCCCGCUCCUCUCUCUCCCUCGCAGAGGACUCAGACCUGAGGUGGACUCAGACAUGGACUCGGACGACUUAAGUCUGACGGCGAGUCUUGAUGAGGUGAGCUCAGAUGACCUGUCCUGGACUGACCACAGAGACCCUACAGAUCUUCAUCGCAAACACCUGAGGGAUCAGUCUGGACCCUCACACCGGUCCAUUGCAGAUCCACACCUGCAGGAUGAGAAGGAAGAUGACGAUAACGAUGAAGAUAACGAUAACGAUGAUGAUGACAAUGAUGACAACAUAGUGAACCUUGAUGUGGUAUCUGACCUGAGUCUGAAUGAUCUUUGACCUAUAUUUCAGACUUUUUGUGUUAAUUGAUCACACCAGGGGCCCAUUUCUGAAAGAAGGUUCAACAAACCCUCAGUCUAACCCUGAGCUCUGAGUUGAUUUACCCUCAGAUGGGAAACUCUGAGUUUUCAGUUCCAGAUCAGCAGAUUUCAAUUUGUUAAAUCAACUCUGAGUAGGUCCACUCGGUGUUCAGCGCUUGCACCACAAUGAUAAAAAGCCAACAUGAAUGGAGCCCUGAUUCUACGAUUCACCAUGGCAACAGGUGACAAAAAAGAGAUCCUCCUACUUCAACCAUUUCGAAAUAUAGCCUAUCUUCAUGCGGACAUACUGCGAAUAUGAACAGGUUUUAAGAAGGAAAAAAGGAACGAUGUUGCAGCGGCAAAUGAGAGAAAAGUGGUGUAAGAGAAAACAGCUGCUCGCGUCAGCACGUAAUGAAGUCUGUUCAUGUAAUAUUUAAUCAGAAUUAUAAUAUUGCAGGUCAAAACUGGUGGAAUUGUAUUAAACCUACAAUUUAUUUUCAUUAAGAUGCAAUCCAGCAGAAGAAAAUGACUCUAAAACGGCUCAAAAUUAAAUAUAAGAACAUAAUAGGCUCAUAUAGAUUUAAAGUUAACUUCAUUCAGAGUCUAUUUGAAUGUGCAUUAACUUUAUCCCCAACAUAGGCUAAUCCCUGUAUUCACACCUAUGAUUCACACACAUAGCCUAGGCUAAAUAUCCUCUCACCUUUAUCCCGUUUAGUUUAUUCAUUAAUUAGGCCUAAUUUAACAUCUCCUGACGUAAAUGUAGGUUCUAGGGUGGAGACCGAGAGAAACUCUGGGUUCACUGAAGAAAACCUGGUCCCGACCUGGUUAGGUUCACAGACUCAGUUACCAUAGUAACUGACUCAGAGGUAAAGCUAUCUCUCCCUCUAGAACGGGCUGGAGUUACCCCUCUUUCUCGGGUUUGAGUGACCUCCCCUUCUGAAACGGAUAACCAUUUCCCUCAUUUCAGGGUUAAGGGACUCAGAGUUUUCACAAAACCGUCUUUCAGAAACGGGUCCCUAAUGGCUGCAGAACAGACCUGUUGUUGUUAUUGCUCCACUGUGUUUUACAGUCGCUGGUCGCAUCAUAUGACUCAUGUAAUGUUUCAAAGUUGUUACCUUAAAAAUAUUAUAUCCUGUAUUAAAGCAGAUCCUCUCGAGAUCUCUGAAGAUUUCAGAUUUUAGCUGAGGCUAAGAGGGAGAAAAUGACUGCAUAAAGUGUUAAAAAUGUGAGUAAAGGUUUGUUCUUCAGUUCAAGACGGAGAGAGAUAGAAAGAGGGGGACAUUGAAUUAAAGAGGUGAAGAGACAAAAUUCUGUUUCCUUCAUGGUCCUCCCUCCUUCACUAGGAUAAAAAGCAAGAUAGAUACAUAGAUUUGUAUUUAAUAUGGACAUCACAAUUACAUUGUACAAACGAGAUGCAUUGUUUGCAUGUUUUAGCACACAUGCAUCCUCAACACUUGUUCACAGGCCUUAAAGAGGUAUUGAUCCAUCAAUCUGUGGGUGUGGCUGUGUUAUUCCUCAGGCUGUUCUAUGUAUGUGAUAUAUCUCAUAGCCACAUGGGGGUGCUGUUAAUCUAUCAAUGGUCCUGUGUGCAGAAGUAAAAUUUAAAGGUCUGCAAUGGUUCUUGUUCCUGGUGGUUAUUUUACAGCUCAUGCUCAAACUUGAAACUCAUCUUUUGAAGAAUAAAAAAAUAUGUUUGA